AUGCCUCGGAUAUCGCUCACCCGCCUCAUCCUUUUCGUGCUGCUACUGACCCCCACAAAUGGGCUCUCCCCGACCUACUUACCCUGCCAGGUCCAGAAGGGCUCAUCGGUCUCUCCGCUCCUCGGAUGCCCACCCGGCACUCUCUUCGUCUCGGCGAACGACGCGCGCGCCAACUUCUCCUCCAUUCAAGCAGCCGUCGACUCCCUGUAUGCGCAAGGCGUUCCCGCCACCAUACUCCUCGGCGCCGGCGACUACCACGAAACCGUCAACGUCACCCGCACAGCGUCCCUCACCCUACUCGGCCAACUGCCCGCCAACACGUCGCUCACUCCAACGAACGCCUCCGCCCUCUCCAACCUCGUCCGCAUCUCCAACGAUUCCUUCGUGCACACCGGCCAAGACGACGCCUCCUCCGCCGUGCUCGUUGUGUCGCCCAACGCCGCCGGCGCGCUCAUCGGCUCCGGCCCUACCGGCGCCCCUCUCCAACCCCAUUUCGGCAACGUCGACUUCCGGACCUACAACGUUGACUUUGCCAACCUCGCCGCCAACUACGCGAUCUCGCAAGCGCUCGUGACGGACGUAUCGUACGCGAACGCGUCCUUCUACGGCUGCUCGUUCGCUAGCUACCAAGACACGUGGUACACCGGUCGGAACGGGAGCACGUACGUCGUCGAUUCGAUCGUCUACGGCCAAACCGACUACCUGUUCGGCUUCGGCACCGCUUGGUUCGAACGCGUCGUGCUCGCCAACAGGGCCUGCGGCGGCGGCCUCGUCGCCUGGAAGGGCACCAACCUCACCGACGCCCCCGGCAACCCGUACGGCGCCUACAUCGCCAACUCUGCCAUCAUCCGCUCCCCCGACGCGAACGCCACGACGGUCACCGUUGGCGAGUGUUAUCUCGGCCGGCCGUGGAACGACCUCGCGACGACCGUGUACCUGAACGUGUCCAUGGACGCCAGCAUCAACCCCGCCGGUUUCAAGCCAUUCUCCUCCGGCGGCGUCAUCGCGAACACCACGUUCUACGCCGAGUACAAUUCAAGCGGUGUGGGAGGCGAUACGAGCAAGCGCGUUGCGGCCGAUCGGGUGCUGACGGCGGCGGAAGCGAGGGGGUUUACAGUCGAGGCGGUGUUUGGAGGGAAGCCGGCAUGGAUCGAUCAUGAAUGGAUUUGA